AUGGAAGAGAAUUCAGCCGACCCUUCUUGGGCGGCGACCAAGCUUACCACUGAAAGCCCGUUGCUUCCUUCUCAACCUUUCCAUAACGGCACCAAGAAUGGCUUCCAGUCCUCCUCAUUGCCCCACUUGGGUGACUUCAUCACGAAGUUGAUCGAGGACGCGUACAAACUCCAGAGCGCGAACGCAGAACUCGAGCGCACCAAACAGCUUUUGCGGGAGGCCGAGGACAAGCUUGCUUCUUCCGAGGAGAGCAAGUCUCAUUUGAGCACAGAGAUCGACAGAACAAAGCAACAGUUGCGUCGGGCUGAGAAUGCGCUCAAGAGAGAACAGAAGAUGACCGAGCGACUCGAAGCAGACAAUGUGUCGCUCAAAGCUAGUCUGCGCAACCACCAAGACUUGCUGAAUGGCACUGAGAGUCUUCGCAUCAGGGCGGAAAACAAGCUGCGAGCAGUUGAUAGUCGCACAACCAUCCUCGAGGCUGUUAUCAGGAAGAAGAAUGAGGCUUUGGAGCAGAAAGAUGAGGAGAUGCAGUUCAAGAUUCACAGCUACAGAGACCGUCUUAGGAAGAUCGAAGGCCAGUUUCGAAAGACCUGGUCAAUUAUCCGCCUACUUGCUGCCUCCAACUUCUGUGGGGUGAAGGACGGUCUCAUAUCUGGGUAUGUUCAAGCUACAGAUUAUGCAGCUGCGCGGAAUGACAACCAUCGUCUCCAAAUACCAACCGCGAAGCUCGUCAGAUCUCGUGUACAAUUCAAGUCAGGCACGCCACAGCUCAACCCAUCCCUUUUCUUCCCAUCGGACGGCAUUCCUCCGGCAAGCAGUAGAAUGCAACUCAAGCCUCCCAGCGAUACGAACGCUCGCGUAGCGGGCACCUCGAGCGAGCAACAAACCGUUCCGAAGUCGGCAGAGGCAAACGUGCCUAAGAUGGAAAACACCAUGUUGGCAGCGGAGAACGAGAAGUUGAAAGCGGAGCUGGAAGACGUCAAGCAAGAGCUGCGUAUGGCAAAGAUCAAGGUGGAAAUGGAGGAGAAGGCGAGGGAGCAAGAAGCCGAAAAGCUGCAAAAGGCAAACGAGAGCCUCGAGGCUGCCCAGAGAAAGAUUGCUUCGAUGAAAGAAGCCAACACCGACAUGGUUUUGGCCUUCCAUACCACUGGACACCAGCUGCACAAGGCGACUGAGGAGGCCAUUUCUGCUCAACAUGCACGGGAUGCUCUCCAAAAGGAGCUCGAGGGCAUCAAAUUUGUACGAGCCGCCCUCGAAUCGGAGCUCGGGGCUAAGGAGCGUGAGUUGUGCAAGAGCCGGGCAGAAAUGUCUCUUCAGGGCGAAUGCCUCGAAACCACCAAGCAGCGAUUGCUUGCGGUGGAAAACAUGCUGCACAAUUCCCGGAAAACGAGUACCACUGUGGCUUCGGAACUUGAGUUCACCAAGCAGAUACUUCAAGACGCAAACAAUGAGAUUGGUGCUCGCGCAUCUGCACAGGCUGCUCUACAAACAGAGCUCGAGGACACGAAGCACAAGCUGCACUUGGCAAUGAAGGAGAAGGCGUCCAGCGAAACGGAGAGGAAGCUUCUGAAUUCAUCGCUCGCGAUGACCAAGCUGCAUUUGAGCAGGGUGGACGCUGCACUUGCUGCUUGUAUGUCAGAGAACAAUGUCCUGAAAGGUUUUGUUUCGGGUCAGUCCACCACCACUGAAACCGCAGUCUCCCAGAUUGUCGACAAGAUUGCUGCCCUCGACCACUCCAUCAAAGGAAGAUUAUCUGCUGUCGAGAACUCAGUCAUCUCUACCCUGGGCGAGCUGCACAACGGAGUUCAGAGCAACGUGGAGCUGGUAGAGGGGCUCAAGCUUCAGUUGAGCGAAGCAAAGCUGCCGGCUGAUGAAGAAACAUCCAUGCCAGCAUCUCUCAAGCUGCGCUUGCAGGAGGUAGUAGAGGAGAGCAAGCGUCUCACGCAGGCGGGUAGCGUCGCUGAAGAUCCCGAUGCCGCUGAUCCGAAGACCAGUCAUGAGGUCAACGAGAUAUUUGGUGACUACUUGACCCACGUCGUGGAGAAAAUGGUCAAGGAGGAGAAAGCAGUCCAGGAGGCCAUUCGCAAGGCUAGGGAGAGGAUUAUCAAACACCAAGACUGGUUGUACAGGUUCCGUAAGGUGAUUGGGCAAGAUGAAAGCAUUUUCGAUGAAUUGACGCAUGUUGGGUUGCGUUUUAAGUGUUGGGAGCGGAGCGAAUCUUUGAUCAAGAUUCUUUUCGAAGUGGAAGAGCAGUAUGAUGAUGUUCUAGAUCACUUGGAUACAAUUCUGGAAGAGUGUGACGAGAUGGUGAAGGGCCGUGAAGCUGUGCUGGAGCUAUGA